UUCUCAAAUUACAAAGUAGAUCUCAGUCACAUACGAACUAGAUUACUGGUCACAUACGAUCAGAAAAAUGCUCAUAUGCAAUUCUGUUACAAUAUAAUUAUGGAUAAAAUGUAAUAAAAGUCACACGAGUCUAUUUACACUGCUCUCCUUUUUUCUUCACUCGAGUCUGCAUUCUCCUUUCCACUUGCCAGCUCAACAUUGACCAAUUGCAUCCUUUGACUUUGCUCCUCCACACUCGAAUUUUUCUUUUUCUGGAAAAGUACACUUGGUGGAGCCUAUCACUUCCACUCCCACUGUGGUCGUUUUUUUUUUCCCCCAACCGGUUUUUUAAUCUUUUAGGGUUUAAAGAUUGAAAGAAGAAGUCAUCAAUUUCAAUCUCGGUGUUUGUUUCUUUCUCGGUGAUUGAAAGAAUUCUCUGGGCUAGUGAAGGAGAAAGACAUCGCUAAAAAUGGCUUCUUCUUCUACUUCUCUCAAGAGACGAGAGCAACCAAUUUCUCGAGACGGAGAUGAGCUUAUCAUUACUCCUUUAGGCGCUGGGAACGAAGUGGGUCGUUCUUGUGUUUACAUGUCCUUUAGAGGCAAAACGAUUCUGUUUGAUUGUGGGAUUAAUCCUGCGUAUUCAGGAAUGGCUGCGUUACCUUACUUUGAUGAGAUUGAUCCUACCACCAUUGAUGUCCUCUUGAUUACUCACUUUCAUUUGGAUCAUGCAGCAUCCCUACCUUAUUUUCUGGAGAGGGUAAUUGAUUUCCAUCAAACGGUUGAAGUGAAUGGCAUAAAGUUCUGGUGCUACACGGCAGGCCAUGUUUUGGGUGCAGCCAUGUUUAUGGUGGACAUAGCCGGUGUCCGGAUCCUCUACACAGGCGACUAUUCCCGCGAGGAAGACCGUCAUCUAAGAGCAGCCGAGCUUCCUCAGUUCUCCCCUGACAUAUGCAUCAUCGAAUCAACUUCCGGUGUCCAGAUUCAUCAAUCUCGUCACAUCCGAGAGAAACGUUUCACCGACGUAAUCCACUCAACAGUUGCUCAGGGAGGACGUGUCCUGAUCCCGGCUUUUGCCUUAGGCCGUGCACAGGAGCUUCUCUUGAUUCUAGACGAGUACUGGUCUAACCACCCGGUUCUACACAACAUCCCGAUCUACUACGCUUCACCGCUCGCCAAAAAGUGUAUGGCGGUUUACCAAACCUACAUUCUAUCCAUGAACGACAGAAUCAGGAGCCAGUUUGCGAAUUCUAAUCCGUUUGUGUUCAAGCACAUCUCUGCGUUGAACAGCAUCGAUGAUUUCAGAGACGUUGGUCCGUCUGUGGUUAUGGCUAGUCCUGGAGGUCUUCAAAGCGGUUUCUCGAGGCAGCUCUUUGACAUGUGGUGUACAGAUAAGAAGAACGCUUGUAUCGUACCUGGUUACAUGGUGGAAGGUUCACUAGCGAAAACGAUAAUCACUGAGCCUAAGGAGGUGACACUUAUGAACGGUCUCACUGCUCCUCUCAACAUGCAGGUUCACAACAUCUCCUUCUCUGCUCACGCAGACUAUGCGCAGACGAGCGCUUUCUUGAAAGAGCUCAUGCCUCCCAACGUCGUUCUUGUUCACGGCGAAGCUAACGAGAUGAUGAGGCUGAAACAGAAGCUCUUCACGGAGUUUCCAGAUGGGAACACAAGGAUCAUGAACCCGAAGAACUGCGAGUCCGUUGAGAUGUACUUCAACUCGGAGAAAAUGGCGAAAACCAUUGGGAGAUUGGCGGAGAAGACGCCUGAUGCUGGCGAUACAGUGAGCGGGAUUCUUGUGAAGAAAGGUUUCACUUAUCAGAUAAUGGCGCCUGAUGAUCUCCAUGUUUUCUCACAGCUGCCAACAGCAACUGUUACUCAGCGGAUCACUAUCCCAUUCUCAGGAGCUUUCGGUGUGAUAACACAUCGCCUCGGGAAGAUUUUCGAGACUGUGGAAUCAUCGAUGGAUGAAGAAACCGGCCUUCCAGGGUUGAAAGUACACGAGAGAGUAACGGUGAAACAAGAGUCAGAGAAGCACAUCUCGCUUCAGUGGUCUUCGGAUCCGAUAAGCGACAUGGUUUCAGACUCCAUUGUAGCUCUGGUUCUCAACAUCAGCAGGGAAGUCCCCAAGAUCAUGGUGGUGGAAGAAGAAGAAGCUGUGAAAUCGGAGGAAGAGAACGGCAAGAAAGUCGAGAAAGUAAUAUACGCGCUUCUUGUGUCGCUCUUUGGGGAUGUGAAGGUAGGAGAGAAUGGGAAACUUGUGAUUGGUGUCGAUGGCAAUGUCGCUCAGCUCGAUAAAGAGAGUGGAGAUGUAGAGAGUGAGCAUGAAGGUCUUAAGGAAAGAGUAAGAGUAACAUUUCAAAGGAUUCAAAGCGCUGUGAAACCUAUCCCCUCUCUCAGCAAAUUAAAGUAGUCGUUGAGGUCUUUUUUCAUCAUAUCAUCUAACGUUGUUACUGUCUCCAAGUUUACUAAUAAUAUAUGAUGAUCAAAUGUAAUGGUUUUUUGUUUACUAAGAAUGUGUUUAAUGAAACUUUGCUGCUUCUAUAAGCUUACUGUGAUGUGAUGAUGAUUA